GCCAUGUCUGACCAUCACCGGUCGGGACAGUAGAGUUUUUUUUUUUACACCGUGAGAGAAAAAAGGGUGAAAAAACAAUGCGCUCGCAGCGGCGUGGAGACACCGUGACGCUACGUCAUUGACGCAUGUGACAGGGAAACACGCGUUUUCAGGGAUUUUUGUGUUACUGGAAAGCGGAGUCGGAGGAAGUCCAAGUCUUGUCGCAGUCUAUCAGCAGCAGCAGUAACAACAGCAGCGUGGUGGCGCGUGGAUUACCGUGGACAAUAGUCUCAGCAGCACAAACACCAGCAGCCUGUGGGCGUUGGUGGCGCCGUUGAGAAGAUGGACAGGAUGAAGAUAAUCAAGCGCCGUCUGUCCAUGUCUCUACGCAGCGCUCGACCUGUCGACGACUCGCUCUCUGAACUGGCCGAACAGAUAACGCUGGACGAGUCGACGGUGGCCAGAGACAACGAGCCGGUGGUGGUGUGCUCCUUGCACCCUCCUGCCUCCCACAGUGCUCCCUCCUUCCUGCGUCAGUACGCCAGUCAUCUGGGUCGCACCGCGCUGCGCAGAGAACCGGGCGGAGGCCUGGAAAGAGACAGAGCCUUCCUGAGUCUGCACAGGACUGGAUCCCUGGGUAUCGUACACGAGAACGUGAAGAUGGGUUCAGACGGAGAGAGCGACCAGGCGUCAGGGACGUCGUCUGAUGAGGUCCAGAGUCCAGUCAGGGUCCGGAUGAGGAACAACCACCAUCGACGCAUCUCUAAUGAAGACAUAAACAAGCGUCUGUCUCUCCCGGCUGAUAUCAGACUACCUGAAGGAUAUUUGGAGAAGUUUGCGAUGAACAGUCCGCCCUUCGACAAACCCAUGAGUCGCAGACUACGACGAGCUUCACUGUCUGAGAUCGGCUUUGGGAAACUGGAGACCUACAUCAAACUGGACAAACUUGGAGAGGGAACCUACGCCACAGUGUUCAAGGGUCGCAGCAAGUUAACGGACAAUUUAGUGGCUUUGAAGGAAAUCAGGCUGGAGCACGAGGAGGGCGCCCCCUGUACGGCCAUCAGAGAAGUGUCUCUCCUGAAAGACUUGAAACACGCCAACAUCGUCACGCUUCAUGACAUCAUCCACACGGACAAGUGUCUCACACUGGUGUUUGAGUACCUGGAAAAAGACUUGAAACAGUACAUGGACGACUGUGGCAGCAUCAUGAGUGUUCACAACGUCAAGAUCUUUCUGUUCCAGCUGUUACGAGGUCUGGCGUACUGUCACCGCAGGAAAGUCCUGCACCGAGACCUGAAACCUCAGAACCUGCUCAUCAACGACCGAGGAGAACUCAAACUGGCUGACUUUGGUUUGGCUCGAGCGAAGUCUGUUCCCACCAAAACGUACUCAAAUGAAGUCGUGACGCUGUGGUACCGCCCACCUGAUGUUCUGCUGGGCUCCACCGAGUACUCCACGCCCAUCGACAUGUGGGGUGUGGGAUGUAUCUUUUAUGAAAUGAUCACAGGCAGACCGUUGUUCCCCGGAUCGACUGUGGAGGAUGAACUUCACCUCAUAUUCCGCAUCCUUGGGACUCCUACAGAAGAAACUUGGCUCGGCGUCACCACCAACGAUGAGUUUAAAACGUACAAUUUCCCUCAGUACAAAGCAGAACCUCUCGUUAACCACGCCCCCAGAAUCGACAGCGACGGUCACGACCUUCUGUCGAUGCUUCUCCAGUUUGAGGCAAAAAAGCGAGUUUCAGCCGAGGACGCACAGAAACACUCGUACUUCAGGACUCUGGGAGACCAGGUCCAGACGCUGGCCGACACUGCCUCCUUGUUCUCAGUCAAAGGCGUGGAGCUGCACAAAGACCCGGGGAAGAGAUCGUCCGUUUAUCCAGAGUCAAUGCUGGUCCAUAAGUUAGGCUCUGCUCCCUCACAGUUCUUCCAGAGAGAAUCAGCCAAUCACAGACCUCAGAGUCACAGUCUGUCGUCCACCUCUACUGGCUGAGUGUCUCAGGGGAAGAGCAGGAGACAGAGUGUGUUGUUUUAGACGCUGAGGACAGGAGGACACAUGGAGUUGGCCCCGCCCCCCGUGACACACAUUCACUGACCCUGAGACACUGAAGGAGUGAUAAACACUGAAAAAGACAGUAAAAACACACACACACACACCUAAGGCUGAAGAAUUCAUACUUUAUUAAAGAUAUAAAUUAAAAAGACUUUAUAGACGGAAAAACGUGAAAACUUUGGAGAUUGUCCCACGUCGCUGCCGCCGCCGCUGCUGCUAUUACCACCACUGAACAGGAGAGGGCAGCAAUUAAGGAAGUGAUUGAACUCAAACAGAAGUGAGAGGAUGAAGGAGUGAACGCAGACGAAGAGAAACACACGACUCUGAAGGUGAAGGUUUUUUUGUUGUUCAUUAAGAGACACACACACACACACACUCUGAUAGUUCAGUUCUUUGAAGUGUGUAAAAAGUAAACUCAUCUGAAAUGUAAUUGUGUAGUGAAACAGUUAAAUUCACUCACACAGGAUUUUUUAGCCAUUCAACAAAAAUCUAAGGUAAUAAAAUCUACGUCAGCUGAA